CAGGCAUUCAUAUUUCAGUUCUGGAGUUAUGUAGUUUAAAGUCUCCCAGUGGAAAAGGGAAGAUAUGAGAGAGCAGAUUGCUGGUGGCAAUACUCACCAGAAGGAAAGGGGAAAAAAGGAGCACAGAAUUCUGGAGGCUUGAGAGGUGAGCAAUGGGAUAAGAAAGUGCUGCCAGCCCAUGAAUUUCCUGAAGAAAUUCCCUUUCCACCAGCACCGACAUGCAGAGCAAUUACUCCCUUGUUGUCACCACCAGGGAAAGUCUCCAAGUCCUGUCUACAGCACUGACAAACUCAUCAGCUGUGUCACACUCAUCCCCUCCCUGCCCCCUUACCUCUUCAAACUAUCAGUUUUCACUGAUUCCAGCCCUCUUCUCUGCAGUUUUUGUUCUUGGCUUGGUUGGCAACAGUGUGGUGGUUGUGGUGCUCUGUCGUCACACUGGCCCCAAGACAGUUGCUAAUAUCUACAUUUUCAACCUGGCCAUGGCAGACCUGCUGUGCCUGGCCACCCUCCCCUUCUGGGCCACCUACUAUGCUCAGGGAUACAACUGGCUCUUCGGGUCUCUCAUGUGCAAGAUCUCCAGCUCUGUCCUGUGUCUGAAUAUGUUUGCAAGUAUUUUUUUCAUUACGUGCAUGAGCGUGGACCGGUACCACGCCAUUGUCCACCCUAUUCACUCCCAGAGGAGAACUCCACAACAAGCUUAUUUUGUGGCAUUGGUGGUGUGGGGCCUCGCCUGCUUGUCCUCCCUCCCAACUUUUUAUUUCCGAGACACUUACUACGUUGAAAGCUUGGAGGUCAAUGCUUGCAUUAUGGCCUUUCCUUAUGAGAACUAUGCUCAAUGGUCUGUGGCAACAGCCUUCCUGAAAAACACCCUGGGCUUCUUCAUCCCCUUGGCAGUGAUCACCACGUGCUACAUCUCGAUCAGGAGGCACUUGCUUAAAGCACAGCAGUUUGGGAAGAGCAGGCAGAAGAGGGACAAGGUCCUGAAGCUGGUGGCUGCUGUUGUCAUUGCCUUCCUGAUCUCCUGGCUGCCGUUCCACGUUCUGACGUUUCUGAACGCGCUGGCUCACAUGGAGGUCAUUGCCAGCUGUGCGGUGGUGGGGCUCAUCGACACGGCGCUGCCCUUCGGCAUCUGCGUGGCCUUUGCCAACAGCUGCACCAACCCCCUGCUCUACUGCUUCAUUGGCAACCAGUUCCAGGAGAAGCUGCACCGCCUGUUCAAGAGGAGGGUGCACCAGCUCAGCAGCCACCGCGAGAGCUCCUCUGCCAGGAGGGGCAGCUGCUUCAGAGAGCCCGAAACCCCCGUGGGCAAAGAAGGGGAACCCGAGUCCUUCCUCUAGGCUCUGGGGUGAUGUCAGUGCAGCUGGGUGUUCCUGAAGUUGUGACAUUUCUUUCUCCUCUUCCCUUUGUUUCGUGCCCAUUCAUUCACCAGCUGUUUGAAGGAGAACCUGGUUUUGUCAUACACGGGGAUUUAUUCCUCCUUCCUUUUCACAAGUUUCACACAGAGGGAAGGUUCUGACAAAUAACUAUAUUGAUGGCACUAUAAAUAUCAGCUUUUUGUAUGACUGGGAUCAGGCAAAUGUUAUGUGUAACACCAGAAGCCUAAAUAUACUGAAGGACCAUUACACCAUAGCUACAACUGCACAGGUGCUGAGUAUUAUACCCUAAACUGAUUUUCUAAAAGAGAUUCUCACCAGAGAAUGUGUAAAUAAAGCAGUGCAGAUAUUUCUGUACCUACCUGUAAAAAAAUAUUUUGACAUUUAUUUUGUAUAUUUCAAUUUUUUAAAAUAAAUGGCUAGAGAUGUAUAUAAAAUGCAUCAAAUACA